AUGACCCGGCCAUCCAUCAUUAGAGCCGAUACCAUCGACUUGCAGCAUCAACACGCCCCCUCGACGCAGGACCAGUCCCAUCCGCGAUCAGACUCAGACGACACCCACCACCAUCGCGCGCCUCACCAAGCAGAAACACUGCGCGACGUCGCCCACGAAACUGCCCAAGAGCUCCUGCGCAGCCCCUUCAUACAGCCCGUCGCUGCCAGCCCUCCACCCGACUCGCGCCAGCAGACGCAUAAAUCUGCCCCUGCCACCAGUCAGCCUGCUGACCUCGACGUCGCCGACUCCGACUCCGAAGCCCAACAUCCCGACGCACGAGCUGCCGAUCUCACCGACGCCCUCACCAUGGACUCCUACCGCCAACACGAUGACGACGCCAUUGCCGCCGCUCAUAAUGGCACCUCCUCCUCCGACGAAGAGGACAUCCACGGUGAUUCCAUCGACGACCUCGACGACGACCUGAUGGACAAGAUAUCGAGCUCCCCCUCGAUCGAAGAUGGUGUGUAUAAUUCAUCUCCAACUCCCUCCAGCAGCGCGAGACCCCACGACUGGCCUCGCCGCGUCUCUUCCCUCCCCACAACCUCGAGAUUCCGUCGUCAAGCGGCUGCACGGUUCUUUAGUUCACAAUUGCAGUCUUCCCCCAUUUCUCAGCAGCCUCGCCAUCUUCUUCUUUCCCGGUCCGACGGCCCUGUCCACGCCAAUCAUGUAGAGUCAACGCGAGACACCGCUCCGGAGCCCGCCAUUGGCGCCAGCCCGGAAUCAAUAAAACACGGACCCGAGACUAUCCAGCUCCACCAGGAAGCUUCGACAAGCAAACCCAUCCACAAGCCUGCCACUGCCAUCGAAAACACCAGCUCGUCCAGCUUCGAUCCAGUUCCGAAGCCGCCCUCGGACCCAAGCCAAGAAGAAGAUGACGCUCCUGCUGAUGAUACUAUCCCCGUCACCCCGUUUGAACAAGCAUUCAGUGACUUUAGCUCGGACGAAAGCUUACAUGACUCAGAGGACAUCGAUUUCGAGUUUGUCUACGCGCUUCACACCUUUGUCGCCACUGUCGAGGGUCAAGCAAACGCUACCAAGGGUGACACCAUGGUUCUGCUUGACGACAGCAACAGCUACUGGUGGCUCGUCCGCGUCGUCAAGGACAGCAGCAUUGGCUAUCUUCCCGCGGAGCACAUCGAGACUCCCACAGAGCGACUCGCCCGCUUAAACAAGCACAGGAACAUUGACCUCUCUGCAACCAUGCUGGGAGACCAAGCCGUCAAGCAAAAGACCUCCUUCAAAGGCAUCCGCCGUAAGCGCAAGACAGUCGCCUUUGCGGAGCCCACCUAUGUUGAUUACUCCGACUUUGACUACUCCACCGAGGAAGAGGAUAUCGACGAGCUUUUUGGCACGCAACCACGAUCAGCCAGAGAACAAGCUGCCCAAUCUGUGCAACAGGAGAGCCAAGAAGCAUCCGAAGAAGCUCGUGUGGAACCGCUCCGUACCAAGGACUCAAAGAGUGAAGAAGCUCAGGACGCAAAAGCCACCAACGGCGAAAAGGCCUCCAAGGACGGUGGCGUCGAAAAGGACGACUCUGGCCGGCUUGGAAACGACGGAGAUGACGAUACCAGCUCCGUUGAGGAAAUCAUCGAGGAGACGGCAAGUGUUAGCCGAUCUAAGAACGGCACCGUGCGCAACACGGAUUCCUUCUUCAACGAUGAGGAGACCAAAAAGAUUACCCUCACCCCCAAUCUGCUACGCGAUGGUGAUGCCGCUGCCGCUAGACCUUCAACCGACUCCGCAGGCAAAGACUCGGCCAAGGGCCGAUCCAGCCUCGAGAAGAUGGAAAAGGAGCUGGUCUCGGACAAGGAGAGGAAGAAGAGCAAGGACAAGAAGCCAAGCGCCAUUCGUAGCUUUUUCUCUAGAAAGGACAAGAAGAAGUCGGAAGACGACGACGAAUCGUUUGGCAAGCGCUCUAUGGACAUUAUCGAGGCCGACGAUCGGGACGACACUGGCUCUCCUGACAAGUCUCAGCGCAUCGGCAAGCUACACAAAGCCCAGCCUCGCCUCGAGCCGCAGCCUCAGGCUGGCCGCAAACUCUCCACCUCGCAAACACAAAAGUCUACGGUCGAACUUUCGUCCUACCUCAACGAGACGCGCACAAACGACGUCUCCUCCGUACCGCCCGCUUCCAUGCGCAUUGUCGACCCCGAGACACAAGAAACGCGCAGCGUAUCAUCCAACCAGCUGCAGCAAUCCCCCGAGUCUGCACCCAGUCGCUCAGUGUCGUCAAGCAGCCGCAGCGACAAGGCAUCCGCUGCCCUGUCCAAGAUCAUCCCCCAUCGCAGCCCCAGCACCGGCGCCGAUCCGAAGCCACAAAAGACGAAGAAGGCCAAGACGAGAAUGGAACUGGAUGCCUCCGACAGCCCUGAGGAGGUGGAGCAGCAGGAAGAGGUGACUGCAUCGCCGACUCAACCACGCACCGUUGCUGCUGCGACAGUCGGUGCCACUUCUGCUGCGGCUGGUGUUGUUGGCGCUGCCGUUGCCGCUUCCAAAUCUCAAGGCUCACCGUCACCCUCUUCGCCAGUCAUGUCCAGAGAUGGGACCGCUACGCCCCAGACGAGCGCCGGCCAAACUGAACAUUUGACGCAAGCCGGCUCGCCCGGUAACAUCUCGAGCCCACCGGGCCUGGUGCCCGACACGUCGUCCGCGGAGGACCGUUCGCCCAACGCCUCGCCAUCACCCGAACUCAUCUCCAACAAGGGCGGCAGCGCUGCCAGCAGCCGCAAGGAGGCGACGUGGGACGACGUCAAACUGCGGGCGUUCUUCGAUGAGGGCGAUCACGUCCGCGACCUGCUCGCCGUCGUGUACGACAAGUCGGACGCGGAGCCCGUCGGCGCCGACCACCCGGCCGUGAGCGGCCUGUUCAGGGAGCAGAACGCCAAGCUGGCCGAGAUAACAACACAGCUGGACAAUUUGCUGGGAGACUGGCUGGCGCGGAAGCAGCGCCUGCGAGGAUCCGCCUAG